GUCUGUUAUAAUGAACACACUCAAAAUAACUAGGUUUGUUUUCUGCAAAGAUGAGUCUUCAUAAUCUUAUUGUUAUUGCCUUAUCACUGUUACCCACCUUAACAUGUGCCCAAAUAUUGUUUCAGGGAUUCAAUUGGGAGUCAUCUAAUAAGGAAGGAGGCUGGUACAACUUCCUCAAAAACUCUGCACCUAAAGAUCUAGCUAGUGCUGGAAUUACCCAUGUUUGGUUUCCACCUCCUUCACAAUCUGUGGCACCCCAAGGGUAUCUGCCUGGACGUUUGUAUGAUCUCAACUCAAAAUAUGGAAGUGUGGACGAAUUGAAAUCAUUAAUAAAGGCUUUCAAACGUAAAGGAAUUAAGCCAGUUGCAGACAUAGUUAUAAAUCAUAGAACUGCAGAGAAACAAGACGGCCGUGGAAUAUGGUGUAUAUUCGAAGGAGGGACUUCAGAUGAUAGACUCGACUGGGGACCUUCUUACAUUUGCAAAGAUGACACCGAGUACUCUGAUGGCACAGGCAAUCCUGACACAGGUAUGGCCUAUCCUCCUGCCCCAGAUAUUGAUCAUACUAACCCGAGAGUCCAAAGAGAACUAUCUGGUUGGAUGAAUUGGCUCAAGAAAGACAUCGGUUUCUCUGGUUGGAAUUUCGACUUCGUUAAAGGAUAUUCACCAAAGUAUAUAAAGUUAUAUAUGAAGAACACCAAGCCAACCUUUGCUGUUGGAGAAUUUUAUGAUGGAGACCUGAAAUUGAUAAUAGAAUGGCUUCGGGCAGUAGGAACUAGUAAUAUCACUGCCAUCGACUUCCCUACUAAAUUCAUCCUUCAAACUGCGGUGCAAGGGGAUUUGUCAAAACUAAAGGGCUCAAAUGGAAAACCACCAGGAUUGAUUGGGUCAUUUCCAAGAAAGAGUGUAACGUUCAUCGACAAUCAUAACACAGGGUCUACUCAGAAACAAAACCCAUUCCCGUCCGACAAAGUCAUCCAGGGUUAUGCUUACAUUCUCACGCAUCCGGGGAUACCUUCCAUAUUCUAUGACCACUUCUAUGAGUGGGGCAUAAAAGAGGAGAUAACUAAGUUAAGUGCAGUAAGGUCCAGGAAUGGAAUCAAACCAUCCAGCUCAGUGCGCAUUAUUGCCGCAGAUUCUGAUCUUUAUUUAGCUGAAAUUGGUAAGAAAAUAAUUACCAAGAUUGGCCCAAGGAUGAACUUGGGUUCCCUUGUCCCACCAAAUUUCAAGGUUGUUGCCUCUGGUAAAGAUUAUGCCGUGUUUGAAAAAACAAAUAAAAGAACAGGGGUACUAAUCGAUACCAAUGCUAACUAAACAUCCUUGGUGUUACUACUUAAUAAUGUAUUCAGUCCUAGCAAAAAAUAAUUAAGUAAAUAAUGUAUCAAACAGAAAUAUCAAAUGAGAAAAGUUAAGUCAAGGCAACAGUUCUUUAGCUAGUUAACUUUCCUUGGUAACUUUUUGUAUGGAACAGUUCUUUAUCAACUAUUUUAUGGUUUUGAAAGUAAUGUUUAAUGCAAAAUUGGCCGAUGCAUAAUGUCGUUUUUGA